AUGCAGCCCCCCAUAUACAAUCACCACCGCCUGCCGCCCGCAGCCACCCCAUCGCAACAAAACGUACUUGCCGCCCCCUCAACAACACGCCUCAACGAGCUCUUCGACCUCAUCCGGCAAGAGUACGAGACCCUCGGCGCGGACGGCAGCGUGUGGAAACAGCAGAGAGAUGAAUACGAGUCGAAGGUUCAAGCGCAGAUCAAUGAGCUGGGAAUGAUCAGGCAGUCAUUGUAUGAACUCGAGGCGAACCACAACAAGAUCCGGUCAGAAUACGAAGCCGAGAUCCAGAGGCUGCGACAUGAGCUCGCGAACCGCGCCCCAGGCGAGAGCAGCGUCGCCCCCGGCCCGCCCCCAUCCAUCCCUGCCCUUAGCCACCAUUCCCCCACCUCCGAGCUCGCCCGUCCGCCCGACGACCGCCUGCCAUACUCUGGCGGACCGCUCCCCGGUCUCCCACUGAACGGCACCGACGUCUCCCGUUCCCGCUCGCCCUUUCCGAACGCAGGCACAUCCAUCAUCCGACCCCCUUCAGAAGCGCGUGUAGCGGCGGUGCGGCCGCCUGCUUCGGCAUCUGCGGCUUCCCCGCCAGUACACUUGUCCGACCUUGAUCCCGAGAACGUGUCGAGAGAGCUGAGAAAAGAAGGGCCAGAGUGGCAGGCGGUCUGGAGUGGGCAGAUGAGGAAGCAGUUGGAUGUGACGCUGGUGCAUUCGAUCGAGCACGAGUCGGUGGUAUGUUGUGUCAGGUUUUCGAAUGAUGGAAAGUAUUUGGCGACGGGGUGUAAUCGAACGGCGCAGAUUCAUGAUGUCAAGACUGGCCAGAGAGUGACGGUAUUGUCGGACGACGCGGCUAGUCGUACAGGCGACUUGUACAUUCGCAGUAUCUGUUUCUCCCCCGACGGUCGAUAUCUCGCUACCGGCGCCGAAGAUCGUCAGAUCAGAAUCUGGGACAUCAAGGCCAAACGCAUUUGGCACUUGCUCCAAGGCCACAUGCAAGAAAUUUACUCGCUCGACUUUUCCCGCGACGGCCGUUUCCUCGUCUCUGGUUCCGGCGACAAGUCUGCGAGGGUGUGGGAUAUCGAAAAGGGCGCUUGUGUGUUCAACCUCCAAAUUGAAGAUUUCAUCCACAAUGAGCACGGGCCGAUCGAUGCGGGUAUCACCUCUGUUGCUUUGUCACCCGAUGGAAACCUUGUUGCGGCGGGAUCGUUAGAUACGAUGGUGCGCGUCUGGAACGUCUCUACAGGUCAACAAGUCGAGCGAUUAAAGGGCCACAAAGACUCUGUCUACUCCGUGGCCUUCUCUCCCGAUGGCAAAUGCCUCGUCUCUGGCUCUCUCGACCGCACCCUCCGCGUCUGGGAUCUCUCCGCUACCAAACACGAAGUCGAAACCGUCCCCACCGGCAAAGAAUCCCAAAAGAACCUCGGCACCUGCCAAUCCACCCUCAACGGCCACAAAGACUAUGUCCUCUCCGUCGCCAUCUCGCCCGACGGCCAGUGGGUCGUGAGCGGGUCGAAAGAUAGGACGAUACAGUUCUGGCACAUCUCGACGGGGCAGGCGCAAUUGAUGCUGCAAGGGCAUAAGAAUUCGGUUAUCAGUAUUGAUCUUGCGAGGAGUGGGGGGUAUUUGGCGAGUGGGAGUGGGGAUACGUUUGCCAAGAUCUGGAAGUUUGAGCAGAUUGCGGGAUAG